AUGUGUCGCCCACACGUCGCACGGUGUCGCCGGGAGCGCGAGCCACAUCGCACCGCGAGGGUAUCUUGCGUGCUGCUCCUGCUGGCGCUCGUUUCAGCCUGUCCGCAGAAUGCGGCGUCUAUCGCGGCCAGCAUGCCACCUGGCGCCGCCACCCCAAUGGAGCAGCAAGCAGAGCGUGAGAUUCCCUCCACUUUCGCUUACGAGCGCUCUCCGCACCCUCCCCGCUCUUCCCGCUAUCCCGCCCUCCUCGCCCUCUCCUCUAUCCUCGCUCUCCCCGCUACCCCCUCCGUCCCUGUUAUCCCCGUUCUUCCUCUUCCUUGCUCUCUUCUCUCUUCGAAUCCUCCUCUCAUCCCCCCACGGCCUUCCCCCAUACUGCCCGCGCCCCCCGCCCCCCCUUCGUUCCCCCGUCCCCAGUUCCUUCCCCCCUCUUUCUGGUGCGCGCGCACAGACGCAGCGCCACUGGCGUUCUGGGAGGCGAUGGGGCUGUGGCGAGCGGGGUUUGCGCCGCACCAUCCUCCUCCCCCACUGCCUAACCUCCCCUACCCUUCUCCUCCUCGCACACAGGCGAUGCGCUGCGCAGCGCUGCUGGCGUUUUGGGAGGCGACGAGGCGAAGCGAGGGGCUGCGGGAAAGCGGGCGAGCGCCUAACCAUCUCCCCACUGCCUUCCGCUACCGCCCGUCCCUGUCCAAUCCCCCGUUCCUCCCCCCCAUUCCCCGAGCGGCGCUGCUGGCGUUCUGGGAGGCGAUGGGGCGCAGCGAGGGGCUGCGGGCGAGCGGGUGGGGCAACACGUCGCUCCCGUGUGACCCGCGCAGGCCGCCGUGGGGGGGCGUGCACUGCAGCCCCACAGGCCACGUGGACGGCAUCGAGCUGCCAUACAAGGGACCGGAGUCACCUCAGGGGAAGGAGCUGCAGGGGCAGGUGCCGUGGGCGUCCAUGACAGCCCUCUCACGCCUCACAAUGCUCGACCUCAGCUUCAACCAGGCCUCGGGACCUCCUGUCACCCCUGCUGUUGCCGCCUUCACUGCCCUGCAAGCCCUCCAGCUGCAGUACAACAAGCUCACCGGCCCCGUCCCUGCUGUAAUCGGCUCCCUGCCCGCGCUGCAGAUUCUCGAGCUGGGCUACAAUCAACUCUCAGGCCCGCUGCCUUCCACCCUCGGCCUGCUGCCCUCUCUGCAAGCACUCCGCAUCCCAUUCAGCAACAUCACGGGGUCCCUGCCGGCCUCGCUCUCGCGCCUCUCAGCGCUGAGCUCACUGCGCCUCACACAGAACCUUCUCGCUGGCCCCCUCCCCGCCAACCUCUCAGCACUCACCGCACUAACUGAGCUGAAUUUGGCGAAGAAUCAGUUGAACGGCUCUUUGCCUGCCUCGUGGGGUGCACUCACCUCACUUGCUGACCUCAAGGUGUCGGUGAAUUCUCUCAGCGGCUCGCUGCCAGCCUCGUGGAGCAAGCUCUCGGCGCUCAGGCAGCUGGCGGCUUCCAGCAACAACAUCACAGGGCCCUUCCCCGCCUUCCUGCUCUCGCUACCGAGUAUUGAGGAGAUCACCCUGAACAGCAACAGCAUGUAUGGUCCAGUGCCGCCCAACAUCACCAUCUCUCCCAGCGUCACGACCCUGGACAUCGGGCUCAACUACUUCAACGGCUCCGUCCCGCCUGCUCUGGACCAGCCAGGCUUCAUCUUCGUGGACAACUGUUUCAAUGAGACGGGCAGCACCAAUCAGAAGCAGCAGAGCAGCUCCACCUGCACCAUCUUCUACAACCUGCUCUACCCCCGACCCCCUCCCGGCCCACCAGUCCAGGAGGUGGUAACAGUGCCAUCCUCGUCCUUCCCAAUAGCAGCGGUGGUGGUGCCGGUCGUGGUGGUGGUGCUAGUGCUGCUGCUCGCUGUCUUCCUCUGGCGGCGCUGGCGCUCUGAAAGGCUCGCACGCAUGCUGCGCAAGGAGAUUGGCAGCAGCUCACGCGUAUUCUCCCUGGCGGAGCUGCGGCGGGCCACCAAGGAGUGGCAGGCGGAGAUCGGGCGGGGCGGGUAUGGCAGCGUGUACAAGGCGGUGCUCAAGGACAAGACGGUGGUGGCCGUGAAGCGGCUGGACGUGGUGUCGGACCAGGGCGACAGGGAGUUCAUUCGCGAGGUGGAGCUGCUCUCACGCGUGCACCACCGGCACCUGGUGAAUCUCCUGGGCUUCUGUGCGGAGAAGGAGGAGCGUGCGCUCGUGUACGAGUACAUGGGGCUGGGGUCGCUGUUCGACCACUUGCACGGCCCGCACGCCAAGGAAACUCCCCUGUCAUGGGACUCACGCAUCAAGAUCGCCAUCCACGUGGCGCUCGGCAUUGACUAUCUGCACUACGGCGCCGACCCGCCUCUCAUCCACCGCGAUAUCAAAUCAGGCAACAUUCUCCUGUCUGAAGAUGGCUUAGCAAAGGUAGCAGACUUCGGGCUGUGCAAGGAGGUGCCGGUGGAUGUGACGCCGGAAGGCCAGCCGCAGCUGCUGCCGCCCACCACGGCGGUGCGGGGGUCGUUUGGGUACCUGGAUCCCGAGUAUGUGAGCACGUCGCUGCUCACCGACAAGAGCGACGUGUACAGCUAUGGCGUCGUGCUGCUGGAAUUACUCAGUGGCAAGUAUGCCAUUCACGAGAAGCAGCCUCUCGCAUACUGGGCGGAGGAGUAUCUGAUGGACAGCGAGCGCCUGGUGGAGCUGCUGGACCCGGCGCUGGGCAGCGACUACGACCUGCAUGAGGCGCAGAUUCUGUGUGACAUCGCCAGGAGCUGCGUGCAGGACCGUUCGGCGGACCGGCCAGCCAUCAGGGACGUGGCGCAGGCGCUGGUGGAGCAUCUGGGGCGCGUGGUGGUGAUGGCCUCCUCCACCGCCUCCUCCGAGUACAGCUAUGGCUACUCCUAUGAUGACUAUGGCUCGCAGCAGCCUUUCUUUUCGGGCAGCCUGCCCGACACCUCAGGCAGCUACACGGGGGAUUCGCCAGGGAAUCCGGUUGCUGGUGGUGGUGCGAAUGGUGGUGCGGGUGGGAAGGCGGGGAAUGGUGGGACGGGGGAUGGGUUCACGUUUCGGAAUUGCCAGUCACAGCCAAUCAUCAUCGCGCGUGCGGGUGGGGGAGUGGAGGGGAGUGGGGAGGACGGGGGAGGGGAGGGGGAUGGGGGAGCGGGGAGUGUGCAGAUGUCAACGGGUGUGCAUGGCAACAGGCCUCCUGUGCCCAUUGGGGCGCAUGAGGGCACGGUGUGA